GUACUACAAUCGCUGUGUGAAUGGAAUGCCCCUAAAAGAGACUUUUCUUAUGCAAUUCUAUUAAAAUUAUUUACAUACUCAAAUAAAUAAAUAUGCUUUUUAUUGAGUGUGUGUUGCAAUUGUAGUUUCACCUAAGUCUCCAUUAAUUACAUAAAUUAUAUAUAAAAUAUUAUUUUCAAAUUGACGGUUUAAAAAUUUUAAGCACAAAAUGUGUAUACAAAUAACAACAAAAAAAUUGUAUACUUAGAUGACACAACUAUGCCGUCCAAAAUAUAGUAUUUUUUGCAAACCGAAUAAGUAUUUAUUUUAAUAUGACAAUUUUAUUUCUGACUUAAAAGUAGAUAUGUUGGUUUAUACUAUUUAUCUGUGAUGAUGUCUAAUAUCAUCUGUGGUUUUACUAUGCCAAGGACGAUAUAAUCUAUAACGCAUUAAUGGCGGGAAAUUUGUAAAUUACUGCGCUAAAAAUAAAAUCUGGAAUUCUAAAAGGUCGCUAUUAUUUAAAAAUUAAAAAUCGUUGAUUAAAAAAUGGAAAUAUCGCGAUGUUCUUGUCGCAUAUGUUUGUCAGAAAAUGAGUUUAAUGUUUCUCUGUUCGGAAGUUUCUGUCGAAAAACAAACAUGCUUGAUAAAAUACUCGUCUGCUUAAAACUUGUUAUUGAAGAAUCAGACUAUCUUAACACGAUUUGUUACAAGUGCGUUGAUAAAAUUGAAAAUUAUUACGAUUUUAUAACAUUUGUUAAAAAGUGUCAAAAAAAAUUAGGUAACAGAGAGAUGUACGAACGUCAGAGAAAUAUAAAUACCAAAGAGGCGCUGCCAAAUCCGAUAAACAUGCGACAUGUAACGUCUAACGUUCGUGAACAAGUGUACGACGCAGAUAGUACUUUUUCGUUCCUCGAUAGGUCUAAUAUCGAAGACAAGGAAGACGACAAGUCAUCGAGCCCAUUUUUCUCCUACUUUUCACCGCCUAACGUUCUUCUAAAACAAUCUAAUGAACCGUCUAUUUGGAAAACUCCACGAUCAUGGGACGAUAGUCUAAAAAAGAUAAAACGAGAAGAUAAUUGUAAGAGUCAAUUUAAGCCCGGGAGACCUCGCCACCACUCCAGAGACUUGUUCGAAUCUCAAGAUGCAGACGAACAGGAAUUAAAUCAUCCUAACUCAUUAGACUGGAAGCUUCCCGAUAACAAUAUUAUCAAAAAGGUGAGGGAAAAGUGCUUCGGUCGUUCAGACUUUUAGCUUAAUAUUUACAAUAUUUUUAUUUAAGUUAUUUUUGUUUAAGUAAGUUUAAGUGUUACAUUUUACCACAACAGUUUAUUGAACGUUGUUCCUGAAGUGAUUAUUUAAUGUACCUCAUGAUUCAUUGUACGAGAUUUCGUAGAAACAGGCUAAAUAAAUGCGAUUGAUUUAUGAGUAGUUAUAAGUUAAUUUUUUAAAUUUAUCUUUGACAUGUGUGAGGAUUUGUCCUGAUGCAAAAUUAUAACCGUGUAGACUAUUGUAAGUAAUGAUGUUACUAUAUUAUGUAGCGGUACGGUAAAUAGCAUCUUUUGUAAGAUCUUUGAAUGAUUAGAUACCUUAUGAAUAUACUUUAUAAUUUAACAUUUCUGUAUAUUUUGUGCCUGCCUUUAUACGUGCGAAAAGUAUAGACCGAUUUUAUAAAGCAUCUAGAUAAAACUGUGUAAAUUUUUAUGUAGAUACCGGUUGGUAAACAUUUUGUAAUGUAAUGUUAUAUAUUAAUUUUAUGAGUUUGAUGAAAAUUUGAAACGUUUUUCACUAAAGCGAAGUAAAAAUAUCAAAUUAAUACGCCAUUAUUUUUUCAUACAUGACUAAUAUCGAAAAGGUUCUAAAAGUGUUAUAAUUUUUGUUUUUAUCAUCCUCCUCAAUACUUUGUUCCGGCACAUAAAUUGCAUUGAAGUUCAUGUUUUUCCGACAGAAUUAUUUUUCCGCGCACAAAGACAUCUCUAUCAUUUUAUCAAUAGCCCUAAAGCCGAAUGGGAUGUUAUAGCUUUGCUACGGAUUCGUUGUAGCGUGUGUUGACUUUCAGUUGUUACAUUAAAAUGGACACAAAUAAAAUUUUG